CCGGGUGCGGCAUGGUAGUGAGCACGUUGUCUCUUUACUUUUCCCGGAGGACUUAGUGCUAUCCUGACGGUUUGGCCUGCUGGAGACAACUUGAAAACUGAGCUGCGGGUGAUGGUGCCCUUGUGUCUCAGAACUUCCUGACGCCUCCUCCGCUUGGAGGGAUGUGGACCCUCGCGGGUCGGGGCUGGUGGCGCUGCUGCGCGCUCGCUCCGUGCGCUUCCGGGGCCGCGCGGCGGGGGCUGCCCGGGCUUCUUCCCGCUCCGGCGGGCGGGAGUGCUCGCGGGGCCAGGACUGGGGUCAGGCUCUACAGCUCCGCAGACCGCAAGGAAAAAAUUGACAUGUCUAGAAUUCCUGCUGAAAAUACUAGGAAUUUCAGCAUCAUUGCGCAUGUGGAUCAUGGCAAAAGUACUUUAGCUGAUAGACUCCUGGAACUAACUGGGACGAUCGAUAGAACAAAGAAUAAUAAGCAAGUUCUUGAUAAAUUGCAAGUGGAACGAGAAAGAGGAAUCACUGUUAAAGCACAGACAGCAUCUCUCUUCUAUAAUUACGAAGGAAAGCAGUACCUUUUAAAUCUCAUUGAUACACCAGGUCAUGUUGAUUUUAGCUAUGAAGUAUCCAGGUCGCUCUCUGCUUGUCAGGGUGUUUUACUUGUGGUUGAUGCAAACGAGGGUAUCCAAGCCCAAACUGUGGCAAAUUUCUUUCUUGCCUUUGAAGCUCAACUGUCAGUAAUUCCAGUUAUAAACAAGAUAGAUCUGAAGAAUGCUGAUCCUGAAAAGGUUGAAAGUCAAAUUGAAAAAGUAUUUGAUAUUCCAAAUGAUGAAUGUAUUAAGAUUUCUGCUAAACUGGGAACAAAUGUUGGAAGCAUUCUUCAGGCAGUCAUUGAAAAAAUACCCCCGCCUAAAGUAAAUCGUGACAAUCCUCUAAGAGCUUUGGUAUUUGACUCCAGUUUUGACCAGUAUAGGGGAGUGAUAGCCAAUGUAGCAUUAUUUGAUGGAGCGGUUUCCAAAGGAGAUAGGAUUGUAUCUGCACAUACUCAAAAGACAUAUGAAGUUAAUGAAGUAGGAAUUCUUAAUCCCAAUGAGCAACCAACUGGAAAACUAUAUGCAGGACAGGUGGGCUAUCUGGUUGCUGGCAUGAAAGAUGUCACAGAAGCACAAAUAGGAGAUACAUUAUAUUUACAUAAACAACCAGUGGAACCCUUGCCUGGGUUUAAAUCAGCGAAACCAAUGGUAUUUGCAGGAAUGUACCCUAUAGAUCAAUCUGAAUAUAACACCUUGAAGAGUGCAAUAGAAAAACUUACUCUAAAUGAUUCCAGUGUGACAGUUCAUCGAGAUAGUAGCCUUGCCCUUGGUGCUGGCUGGAGGUUAGGAUUUCUUGGACUUUUGCAUAUGGAAGUUUUUAACCAGCGAUUAGAACAAGAAUAUAAUGCUUCUGUUAUUUUGACAACCCCUACUGUACCAUAUAAGGCUGUUCUUUCAUCAGCAAAAUUGAUAAAGGAAUACAGAGCAAAGGAAAUUACAAUUAUCAAUCCAGCACAAUUCCCAGAUAAGUCGAAAGUUACAGAGUAUUUGGAACCAGUUGUUUUGGGUACCAUUAUCACACCAGAUGAAUAUAUUGGAAAAAUAACAACUCUUUGUCAGACUCGGAGAGCAAUUCAGAAAAAUAUAGUGUUUAUUGAUCAAAAUAGAGCUAUGCUUAAAUAUCUCUUCCCUUUGAAUGAAAUUGUGGUGGAUUUUUAUGAUUCUUUGAAAUCCCUGUCUUCUGGAUAUGCUAGUUUUGAUUAUGAAGAUGCAGGCUACCAGACUGCAGAACUUGUAAAAAUGGAUAUUCUGCUAAAUGGAAAUAUUGUAGAAGAACUAGUAACUGUUGUACACAAAGAUAAAGCAUACUCUGCUGGCAAAGCCAUAUGUGAACGUCUGAAGGAUUCUCUUCCUAGGCAGCUAUUUGAGAUAGCAGUUCAAGCUGCUAUUGGGAGUAAAGUCAUUGCAAGAGAAACUGUGAAAGCCUAUCGGAAAAAUGUUUUGGCAAAAUGUUAUGGUGGUGAUAUUACCCGAAAAAUGAAGCUUUUGAAGAGACAAACUGAAGGGAAAAAAAAACUGAGAAAAAUUGGCAACAUUGAAGUUCCCAAAGAUGCCUUUAUAAAAAUUCUGAAAGCACAACCUGAUAAAUAAAGAAUUCAUAAGUUUGAAGAUUCAGCUUUUAUACUAUAACUAUCUUACAUCAAAGCAUGUGCUAUUAAACUAUUGUGUUACGGUGA